AUGCCAAAAGCAGCGUCAAGUUCAAAUGCUGCUCCAUCUCUUGCACGUACAAUUCAAGCGAAAAAACGUCGAACUAAAAAUGCUGGAAAACCACGUCCUCCUCGUGAUUUAAUUCAAAAAAAGAUAAAUAAUGCUCCAACUCCUCCUGUACAACCUACAACUGACAAUUUACCAAUUCCCCAAUCGGAUUCAUCAUUUACAGUAUCCAGCAGUGGUGGUUUAUCAUCGAGUGCACCUCUUCCAAAUACAAUUCUAAACAUAAAUGAAAAUCUUAUGGUCGAUAAAGAAAAUGAAAAUGGUCCAAUAAGUGUUCAAAUGAAUAAAAUGGAAAGUGAUAAUGAAGAAGAAGCAGAAACAGAAGAAACUCAUGACAUUCGCGGUUCAGAUGAUGAUGAACAAGAAGAUCCAAAAGAUUAUUGUAAAGGUGGUUAUCAUCCUGUAACUAUCGGUUCAACAUUUAAUCAACGUUAUCAUGUUAUACGUAAAUUAGGAUGGGGUCAUUUUUCAACUGUAUGGUUAUGUUGGGAUCGUAAAUCUACAGGAUUUGUUGCUAUGAAAGUAGUUAAAAGUGCUAAACAUUAUACUGAAACAGCCUUAGAUGAAAUAAAAUUAUUAACAAGUGUUCGUGAAAGUGAUCCAUUAGAUCCAUUUCGUCUUAAAUGUGUUCAAUUAUUAGAUGAAUUUAAAGUUGCUGGAGUAAAUGGUUUACAUGUUUGUAUGGUAUUUGAAGUUCUUGGACAUAAUUUACUUAAAUUAAUAAUACGUUCAAAUUAUCGUGGUAUACCAAUUCCUAAUGUUAAAUUAAUUAUUAAACAAGUACUACAAGGUCUUGAUUAUUUACAUCGAAAAUGUCAGAUUAUUCAUACGGAUAUAAAACCAGAAAAUGUUCUUAUGUGUGUUGAUGAAGAACAUGUACGUGCUUUGGCAUAUCAAGCUGCGGAAUGGCAUAAAAUUGGAGCUAAACCUGUUGGAUCAGCUGUCGCUACAACACAUAUUGUAAACAAACCAGACUUAAAAACUAUGUCGAAAAACAAGAAGAAAAAAUUAAAGAAAAAAGAAAAACAAAAACAAAAAAUGCUUGAAUUAACACAUCAACAAAUUCAAGAUGCAGAAAAACAAAAACAAAAACUUUUAAAUUCACCAAAUAUAAUCGAUCUAAAUAAAAUAUCUAUUACGGAUGAAAUAGAUCUUCCAAUAAAUGAAAAAAAUAUAAAUGGACAUAAACAAAAUUCACCUGAAGAAAGUGAUGAAGAUAAUCCAAUUGAUAAUUCUGGUAAUGGACAUGAAACUGAACAAUCACUUAAUGAACAAGCAGCUAUGGCUGCAGCUGCAGCUAUUUCAGGUGAUGCAAAUAAACAAAUAAAUCCAAGUGAAUCUGCUUCAUCAGAUAGACCUCGACCAAUGGCCGAACGAACAGCAAAUCCUGUUUUCGAAGUGGUACCAGAAGAGAUUCUUCAAGUUAAAAUAGCCGAUUUAGGCAAUGCUUGUUGGACAUAUCAACAUUUUACUGAAGAUAUUCAAACACGCCAAUAUCGUUCACCUGAAGUUAUACUUGGAGCUGGUUAUGAUACAUCAGCUGAUAUAUGGAGUGUUGCUUGUAUGGCAUUUGAAUUAGUAACUGGUGAUUAUUUAUUUGAACCCCAUAGUGGAGAAGAUUAUAGUCGAGAUGAAGAUCAUAUUGCACAUAUUAUUGAAUUAUUAGGUCCAAUACCUGUUGAAAUAGCUCAUUCAGGUCGAUAUUCGAAAGAAUUUUUUAAUCGACGAGGACAAUUACGUAAUAUAAAACAAUUAAAACCAUGGGAUUUAUUUCAUGUAUUAACUGAGAAAUAUAAAUGGCCACCAUAUGAAGCUAUUGAAUUUACACAUUUUCUCGAACCAAUGCUUCACUAUGAUGUUAAUCAACGUGCAACAGCUGCUGAAUGUUUAAUGAAUCCAUGGGUCACUGGUGAACCAUUAUUUGAUAAUUCUGUUGAUGGUCUUCUGUAUUCCGAACAAUUUAGUUAUGAAAAUCCUAAUGAACCUAAUUCAUCGGCAGGUCAAGCUGCUGCUGUUGGUUUUGAUUUUCGUUCACAUGCAACUGAUAUUGAUAGUUUUUUAUCAGCAGCUAUGGGACAUCAUCAAAUAUUGCAUGGUGCUGCUGGUUUUAAUCAAGAUGAAUUCGAUGAAGAUGACAUGUCCGAGGACUAUGAUGAUAUUGAUGAAGACGAUGACGAACAAUUAAAUGGUGAUGAUAGUAGUCAAGGCGAACUUGAUGAAUGA